UGUCAGUGUCUCGUUUCUUUUUCGAAAUAAGCAUAGUAGGACGGUUAAUACCACCAUACACACACCCAAUAAUAAAGACGGUCGAUGGAGUCGCCCAAGGAAUCAGUAAAAUUUUGCUGCCCGUCGAGGAAGCACACGGUUAUUCCGGAAUCAUAAGCGAACGCGCGCGCGUGCGAUCAUUUCUUCUGCCGUUGGCUAGUUCGGUCGAUUGUUCGGUGCUCGGUGCGGAUAGUGAGAGUGGGUGUGCUUUCCGUUUGGAAUUGGUGAAAACUUUUCGGAAGCGCGAUUUCCGCAAGGUGCAAUCGGAAGUGCUCAGGCGAUUGCGUGGGUGAUUUGAAGAUUGUGAAUCAGCGCCAGCUGACCCCAGCCAGAAAGCAGGCGGUGACAUUGCAUGCAGACACGGCAGCCCAUCGUACCCUUAGUGACAAUUAAAAGAGUGCCCACCUAUGUACGUAGUGCAGCAAAAUUGAACAACACACGCCACAAAGCUAAUAAAGGAAAAGAAACGACGAACGGCGACAAAGGGUGAAAAAUAUCACUUAAUUCGCAACAGUUGACGGACAAGCUGGACGAAAUAGCUUGGUUGCAUUACUAAUUGAGGAAGAUGCGACCCAGAGGGAGCACCCUGCUUUUCCAGCAGCUGCUGGUCCUUUUGCAGCUGUUAUGUUGCUGUACUGUGGUGCUUGGUCAUGGCCGGCUGAUGGAACCCCCAGCGCGAAAUGCCAUGUGGCGCUUUGGCUUCCCCAACUCGGUAAACUACAACGACAACGAACUGUUCUGCGGCGGGUACGCCAUCCAGUGGGAACUGAACCAGGGUCAGUGUGGGGUGUGUGGCGACGCGUAUCACCUUCGAAGCCCGCGACCGCAUGAAGCGGGUGGAGAAUUCGGCAAGGGUAUUGUCACUCGGCGGUACUUUGCCGGACAGGAGAUCGAUGUCGAGAUCGAACUAACGGCCAACCAUAUGGGUCGGUUUGAGUUGUUCCUGUGUCCGAACAACAAUCCGUACUAUGAGGCUACGCAGGAGUGCUUUGAUCGGUAUCCGCUUUAUUUGUCGGGAACAAGUGAGGUUCGGUACACGAUCCCCCCGGAGUCGGGUAAGAAGGAGAUCUUCCGGUAUCGAGUGAAACUACCUCGUCGGGUGACCUGCACCCAAUGUGUUCUACAGUGGACUUACUAUACCGGGAACAUGUGGGGUCGAUGUGAUAACGGUACGGAAGGAGUUGGCUGUGGAAAACCGGAAACGUUCCGGAAUUGUGCAGAUAUUAGUAUAGUGUCGGCCACUGGGGGUGGAAUUCCGCCGUUGUUCGUUGAAACCAAGAAUCCAUUCCUGCUGUACUACAGGGACUUCCGGGCGCCAGAUGGAAAUGAUGUGUUCCCGCUUAUAAUUCGCGAUCAAGUGUGCCUCCCAACGGCAGCCUAUCGAAGCUUCAUCGGUAUGGAUGACUGGUGCCAGAACAACUGCCUCCGCUAUCCGCCAAACUGCCCGGAAUCUGUGUGCCAUUGUCCUCAAACAUGCGAAGCUAUCGGCGAAAUCGAGGGCCGCGAAGGAGCCGACGUGUACUGUAUGGACGAAUGCCUCACGUACAAAUCCAAGUGCCCAACGGAACGGUGUCACUGUUACUAGGAUUUCGCUAGGAUUGCUGGAAACCGGAAUUCGAUUUGGCUUUGGAUGCUACUGGAUAAGUGGAUGUCGGGUGACCGCUUCCACCGUUUUUUUUCGAAGUUUUGUUCUUUCCAUACGAUAACAAGACAAGACAACACGCAGAGAGAAGAGCGAAACUUGCCGUACUAAUAUUUUUUUAAGUUGAGUCCACGUGGGAGUUCGAUAGCAACAACGAAGAAGACAAACGUGUAAAUUAUGACGACGAAAAAUUAGAAGAAAUGCUAACCAAUCAACGCAGCUGUACAUUUUAACUAAUUAUGCAUGAGAGUCAUUAGAUAGGAACGAGUGCAAAUUUGAUGAAAAGUGGAAAGAGUAAUUUUUGUAUUUUAUGUAAUUUCUGUUUGUGUAAAUGUUUCCUUUUCCUGUAUAUGAAAUUUGCUCAAAUAAAAUGUGUGUAUAAAUGAGAGUAAUACAAUUUUAAUACUUAUCUUA